GUAGUGUUUUAUGGUGAAAAUCCUGCUUUUUUGCAGCGAAGGGCAUCACUCACUGAGAAUCUUUCUCUCUGAGAAUGCCAAACAUUGGUCAAGACAGAUUUUGAUAGUAAAUAGUGCAAAGACAACACGCCAAAUGUCACAACUGAAAAAAUGUUAGGCCAUUAUGAAAAAUUUAUGCUCAUUUUUAAUUGAACAUAAACAGUUGGGCAUUGUUCCCUUUUUUUCAUUUACUAACACUUUGUACAUAUUAGUGAACCCAGGAGAUCAGUUCCUGAAGUUUGGAAAGUCAAAUGUUGUCAUUGUUGACUAAUAGAGGAUUUCAGCUAAUUAACGGUUCAGGGUCUCUUUCGUCUUCAAUGGGGGACAAGUCAGGACUGCAGACAGGCCAGUUUAUCAGCAGGACUCUUCUACUACAGAGCCAUGCUGUUGUCAUCCCUGAAGAAUGUGGUUUGUCAUUGUCUUGCUGAAAUAUGAAGGUCUUCCCUGAAAACCUUGUUGUCUGGAUGGCAGCAGAUGUGGCAUCCAUGAUGUCCAAAAAGAUAGUCAGUUUUUUUUAUUCUUGGUGGUCUUGUUUGUUUUCAUUGAUCACAAAAGAGGGAUCAGGAUCCAUUUCUGAGUCUUUUCUUAACAUCUAAAAACUCUUGAAAGGAAGCUAAAACUGAGUACAACAGACAUCAUGUACAGGACAAUGUCAACAAAGAUCUAAAAGGCAUCACAUUCCUCAGUCACGCUACAAUUAACAGAAAUCAAAAGUUUUUCAAAGGAGUCGAACAGCGAAGUAACAAGACACAGUAAAGUGUCUGGCAACUCCAGAAUCCACCUAAUAAACCUUUCUGACCUGUUGGCCCUCUUAAAGUCAUUAAAUCAUCCUCAUGGUAAUACUUGGGUGUUCAUUUGUCCUCCUCAUGUUGCGAAACAUACAACCUGAUCAACUGCCUUGCCAACUAAGAGUUCUGAGUCCGUGUUGAUAACAGUUAUGAUGGUGACAAUCUUGAUGUUUCCUUUCAGACGCUGAAUCAACGUGGUGCAGUGUAGCGAGCAGUCUCAAAGGUUGCUGUUCCAGAUAAGAGUCAGUCUUCUGUUUCACUCCUGGUCUGAUGAGCUCGGAGCAGCUGAUAUGUGAACACUCUUAUCUCACAGUCCAGGGCAAAAGCCCCUCAGACUCCUGAGCAGUGAUUGCAGAGACUGUUGAAGGGGGAGGUUUGAUGUGUCUUAAGACUGUAAAGGGUUGCAACAACAUUCACAAGGAUUCAAAAGUACAUAUUAUUCUACAACUGACCCUGUUGCACAUUUUAACCUGACAAAAUCAAACCUCUCUCAGACUUUCAGACAUUCAUAUUAGCAGGUGAAUACUGUUGCAUUUCUGUCUCUUUUCCUUUGAAAUGUCUGCCUCACCUAGUGGUGUCAAACAAAAGGCUACAGUUGAUGAUGUUAGUCCCAGUCUGAGCCUAACCAACAAUGAAGCUUGCAUAGGUGGCUGCUCUGACACUCCUCUGUCCUCGCAGUGUCAUCACUCUCAGCUUGGCUCCAGAGUUAAUGUGUUUGCUGGGGGGGAGACACAAUGGUGUGAAUUGAUGAAGAACAAAGUAACACAGAAGUCGAGGAAGACAAAGAUGAAAGUGUUAAAAGGUUGUUGGUGCCUUUUGUUUCAUUGUGAGGGUUUAGGAAUCAGCAGACUUGCUGUGUUUUUGUGUUAUCUGCAUUAAAAUGUUGAUAGAGCUUCACUGCAGAUUGGGAAACCAUAGGAAAGGGACACUGGAAAUAAGUUUGAAAUCCAAGAAACCCUUUUUCACAAAUGCAAUUAAGUGCAACUAAUCCAUUACAAUCUGCUUGUUUGGCAUGUGCUGAGAAAAAAAGUGGAGAAUGGGUCCAUGUGAGACCUUCAGAGAUAUUUUGAGGACUGACUCCAAAUGAAAAACACAAAGAUACAGCUGAAUUCCUGCAGCAUGCUGGUUGGUUGCAGAGACUUGUUAGUGGCAAUAACUUUAGCAUUUAGGUAAAAGUGCAUUGAAUAUGAAGGCUACUGGAACUGUGUUAUGCAAGACACAGACCGGAUGGUCAGAAUUGAUUGCCACUGAUCACCAAUGACAAUGAUUAACUUUGCACCUAAUAACCCUUUGAGACAAACUUCCCUGCAGAAAUUUGGAAAACGCAGCAUUUGCAUGAUCAUAUUGAUGGUGGAUAAUGCCAUCACAAUGAAUGUCCACUUCUUUUCUGCAAGGCCUUUAGGCCACUGCUGUAUAGUGCCUUGUUAUAUAGAUAUUCUUCUCUUUCUCUUUGUAGAUGUUGUGAAGGAUAUAAUUUACUCUGAAACAGUGUUUGAUCAAUCCUUGUCCACAAAUUACACAAAACCAGUGUGGCAAAGUCCACUGGUGACACAAAAAACAAAUAAACACAUGGCACAAACUACUCUCAAAUCUAUUAAUCAUCACACACUGUUUUUUUUUUUUUUUUUGUAAACUGAGAUAAAUCUCUGCUCUUUCAAAAUUAAUUGUGAAAGUUUUACAUGGUUUGUGUGUCUCUGCAUUUCUGUAAGUGCAUACUGACAUCUCAGAGAGCUCACAGCAACAAGUCUUCUGUUAGAUACAGGUGUGCUCUUUUACAAAUGCUGACCAAAAUAGGGGGUCAACCAAAACUUUUGUUUGGAGUGAACGCUGCAAAAGACAGAGUCGUCUAUGAGAAAUGGUCAUUAAUGGAAACAUAAUCAGUCCGUCUCCAGCUCUCCUUUCUCGUCUGUCUUUUUAAAAGUUAAAUUAUAAACCUGAAUAUUUAAUUUUUUAAAACUUUUCUCCUCCUUGAACUGUCAAAAUUCUUUCCUCAAACCCAGUUUUUUAUUUAGGUAUUUAUCAGUGUUACAUGUCUGGGCUAGAGGACACAUGGAAGAGUGUUUUAUAGAGCAGAAAAGAGCCAAACCUUAAUCGGUGAUACUCUUUAAACAAGGAGAUUAAAACCCUUACCUCCUCCUCUGUAAAAGUUACAGGACAUGCCUGCUCCUCUGUGUGUGUGCGUGCGUGCGUGCGUGCGUGCGUGCUUGCGUGCGUGCAUGCGUCUGUGUGUGUGUGUGUGUCUGCUGACUGAUCCCCUCCCAGCAGGCGACCAUUGAACUCACAAUCCAGCCCCCACGAUGAGGGAGACAGCUGGGGGGUGAGGUCCACCUCCACGGAGACACACUGCUCCCCCACCUCUCCUCACUCUGGCACUAUAAAAAGUCCUCUCAUGCUGAACUUUCUCAGUCUCAUCACGAGCUCCACCAGGUAAGACCAGCUGCUGCCAUGCCUCCAACUGAACUUGAGCUAUAGAGAAAUUAGAGGACGAGGAGAAACUUUUCAAAUCUUGAGCUGAGUUUAGUGUAACUUUAAAAUGAUGAUUUUUAGCUCUCAGUGAUUCUUGUUUUCAGACUUCAAAACUUCAUCUCCUUUGGAAAAAAGCUUGUCUUUAAGAUCAGAGAAGUGGUUUGCUAAUUCUUUUACCGUGAUCUACCUAAAGCCUGGAUCAGGAUCACGCAGCAUUUCAGAGCUAAUCUGCUUGUGUUGUCUCUCUAAUUUGAAGUCACUCUUAAUCUGAGCAGAUUACAGCCUCUUGAGAUGAGCAGCCACAUGUUAAAUGGAGAGAAAUGCAGGGAUGAGUGUGCAGAAUUCAUGAAGUACUCACUGUCAAAGCUCAGUUUUCAGGCUGCCACACUGUGUUAGGCUGAUCUGUUUGCAUCUUUGUCUAAAUUUUGUAGCUUUUUCGUGUUAAUGGAGCUCUUUUGUAAUAAAUGUUAACUCUUAUCUUCUCUCUAGACCGCCAUCAUGAAAGUCGUGUCCCUCGCUCUUGCCCUUCUGUUGGCUGUAGGUGAGUAACUGACAUGCGCUGGUCUGAUUUGGUUUAGCUCAGUCCUUUUUAGUGCAUGAACCCCGUUUCUUAUCCUCAACACAAAUACCUCAAAUACCAGAUUUUUUUUUCAUACCUUGUCUUGUUCAAACGGGCCUCAUAACAGCACUAUUUUGGGCAUCUCCAAUUGAAUAAAGCAGAAUAGAAUGAGAUAAAAUAAAAAAUACAUAUAUGGGCGCUAUCAGUUAUACAUAUAGAAACAAUAAGAAAAUAAAAAAAAAAUUAGUAAGAUUUAAUACAUCUAUAUUAAAUGAAGAGCCAUGAAACGACAGUUUAAACAGAAACAGUUCGGAGGGCACAAAUUGGUCAACGGACAAACAUUUAUAUUAUUCAUAAUUCCUUAUCAGGUGGAACACAGGUUAUCCUCUCUUUGUGGAUGCAGUGUGCCCCAUUUUUCCCAUAAUGCAUCAUGUGUGCCCCUCUGCAGUCUUACACCGACAGUCAUACGUUUCAUACAUUCAAUGUUUUUAACCAUCGACCCUUAUAUCUGCCACCUUAUUGUUUGUGUUUUUUUUAAAGGUAAUGUCCGUUUUUCAGAGGUUUUGCGUCUUUUUUUGGGUAAUAUUAGAUCCUUUUUUGCUUGAGCAGAGGGUUAAAAAACGUAAAUUAAACAUCAUAGCAGAGGAUUUCUCUGACUGUACUGGGGACAUCUUCACUGACAAGCAGGUUGAGUAGGGUUUUCAGAUCCUACGUCGAAUUCAUCAAUAAUUUGUCUGGACCCUGAUUAACAUUCAUGUGAUACUGAUACAUCUGUUGGCAUAGAUCCUUUUUUUGUUUGUUUCUCUGCAAUUUACAUUUUCUGUUUAUUCUUUCCUUGUCCUCUUUUUCUAUCUUAGGCUCUCAGGCUGCCGCCUUGCAGGCCGAUGCACCCCCAAUGUUGGCACAUGCCAGGGGUGUAAUGAACAUGUACCUGGAAAAGGUGAAAGACAGUACGGUCAAAGCCCUGCAGAACAUUGAUGAUGCUGAAAUGAAGUAAGGACAUGUAAUUCUCCCUUUGCUUUUCCAAAGUCUCUCAAACCUCUUUCUUGCCUUUAUUUCCUUUGAACAUAUUUCUUUGCUUUCUGUUUACAUGGUUUUGCUCGUGUUUCUUUCCCCUCCCAGACAAAGGCUGCUUCAGCAUGUGGAGAACGCAGACAUGAGGAUCAAAGCGAUGCAGGGUGCCUUGUCCCCAGUGACUGACACCGUCGUUGAAACCGUCAUGUCUGCCACCGCUGAGUUCCGCAACAAAAUCAAUGCUGAUGUUGAGGCCCUGAGAGUCGAGCUUGUGCCCCUCCGUGCUAACCUGAGGGAAGUUGUGGACAGACACCUCGACCAGUACAGGACUGCAUUCGCCCCCAUCAUGGAUGAGUAUGUAGCCAAGCACAACUCUGAGAUGGAAGCCCUGAGGGAAAAGAUGACCCCAGUCAUUGAGGAUAUGAAAGCGAAGGUGCAAGUCAAUGUUGAGGAGACCAAGGAGGCUCUGAUUCCCAUUUUGGAGGCUGUGCGUGGAAAGGUUUCUGGCUGGUUGGAGAGCGCAAAGGGAAUUGUUGAUCCCUACAUCCAGGAAUACAGGGAGAAGCUGAGGGACACAGUCACACAAGUGCGCAGCGUCACCACUGAGGAGAUGGCUGCCCUGAACCAGAAGAUCACACCUCUGGCUCAGGAGGUCAGCGUUAAGCUCCGUACCAUUAUGGAGGACAUCGCUGACACCUUCGUCAAAGUCUAAAUCCUCUAUACCCUGUCCCUGUAACCAAUCCCACCUCCACAUCCGCUCCAACUUCCUUCCUCUCAUUUUCUCACUGGAUCUCCCAAAGUGAAGCCGAUGCCUAACUGAUGCACUUCCUUGCAACAAAAUGGCGGGACCCUUGUGCUCUCUCUACCAUGCAAACACCUCUCUUUGUGCACAUUCACAGACACAUACAGGCUCACAUAUAAACAUGUGCUUCACUCUUUGCAUGCACAGGCAAAUAGCACACAUUUUGUGUCGAAAUGUAUGUGAAUUACCACCAAGUGCCAGAUCCUCUGUGUAAUGAUGCUUGUCUGAUGAAAAACAGAUCAAUAAACAUCUGACUGUUUAUACAACUGUGAUGUCUGACUCCAGUUUGAAUGAUUUUGUGUGUCACUGAAGAUUUGAAAUGAUUCACCUCUUUCACUGUCAGCACUCAAACAGAACAACCGUCUAUUACAGCCUGAAAUUCACUUUUAUCAAAAUACAGUCAAAUGUUUUUGGCAUUAGGGAAAGGUAGUGUGAAGAUGAAAAAUCUGCAGUUACCUAAAGACAGAGGUAGCACAGGCUUUAUAGGCUGUCAUUGUGCUGACCAUGUUCAACUUGCACUUCACGUAGAUCUAGAUACAAAGACUUGCUCAGCUCUCUAGGUUUAAAAGUAAUGUGUCGCCGUACUUCGUACGCCGUACUAUAAGAUUGUAUGAUAUUUCUAAAUCCAUCAUCCAUGGAUCAAGUCUUCAAACAAUAAUUAAUAAUUUCACUCGUCCUAUAAAAAGGGAAAUGUAUUUCUGAAAAACAGUGCUUAAAAGUUGUUAAAUCAAUAAAACUGUGUCAGACACCCUGUAGAACUUAAAACCAGAAUUAGUUGAAUUUGAAAAUGGUGUUCCACUCAGCUUCAUCCUUGGUUUUAGUUCUUUUAUUUAUUAUCAUUAUUUUUAUACAUUGAUUUAGUGUCAGCUGUCUCUGGUUAUAAAAUGAAACUUUACACUGGUGGCACAGUUUUGUACGCAUUACUCCUGAUGUACAGUCUGCAGUGCGGCUUUUCUGAAGGGGUUAGUUUUCAAUGUGAGGAAACCAAAUUUAUGCCCUUCAUUCAGAGCUGAAUGUGCUGAUACAAAGAGGGUAACCGUUUAUCAAUAUCUGGAUAUUUGGACUGAUGAGAACUUCGCUUUUAAAAGAAGGGGAGACCAGGGCUUGUUGACACAUGGGUAAGUUGUCACAUUGCAAUUAUCUUUGCCACCAGGGGGCACAACUAAAAGGUGGAAUACUAGUUUUAUUCCUUUAUAUGGUCAGGGGUCCCGUCCUGUCUGAGAAGAGAGAAGCACAUUGUGAGCUGAGAUCAUAGACUAUAUAUAGAAUGGACAGCGUCUGCCUCCUCGCUGGGUGAAGCCACUCCGAGAAUAGCACCCUCUGGUGACAGGCUGCAGUAUAGGUCAUAAAUCCCACCUCCUCCAGCAAUCCUUAUGAAAUUAUGGACAAACUUUAGAAAUUUAUUAUACAGAAUAUAAAUUUUUCUCCUCCCUGGUUGUGAUGUUGACAUGUAGUUACUGUAAGACUGGUUUGUGCUCAAGUCCUCUUUUUUCUGCGAAGCUCAUUUUUUAAAAGUUAUUAGGGGGUUCAUGUUUUCUAUGAUUGACACUUGCGUAGCUCACCAGGGGGGUUCGCUGUUUGAACCGAGCGUCAUCACAGCUACUCUUGGCGACCCUACCGCCAAAUGUGUACAAUGCUACUGUGCAAGUGGUGGAAUGCAUACAACGUUAAUGCGCAAUGUUGGUUUCAGGAAGUGGAGAAAAAACGCAGAAUCACUGAGAGCUUUUCGGCAGGUUGUCCAUAGUUUAUACAGUCUAUGGCUGAGAUGAGUGCCAGUUAACCAUUUUACCCGACCCAAAGUAAAAAAAAAAAAAAAAAAAAAAAAAUUAUAUUUUUUAAAAUAAGCUACUUCCAAAUAAAAAUCCUAGCAGUGAUACAUGUGGACUUGUUAGAGGAGAGAUUAAGGUAUUCUGUCAUACCUCAUUCAUUGUUCUGUUUUAAGAUAACUUUAAGCUAGAGCUAGAAUUAGCAAACGUAGUUUGGGGCAACAUGUCUCAGUCAUUUUGGGGUAAGUCGUCACAUGUUUAAAAGGGA